UCCUUCACCCUGGGCCUCCUAUCUGUAUUAUCAGCUGCCACAGAUGCCCCUCCCCUUCACCCCUCCAUGAAUUUUCGACGCUUUUCGUUUGACAGAUUGGAGUUGCGCGCGCGCGCGCGCUGCACCAUCAUUCCACGUGAAUUUUUUUGUUGUUUCUUGCACGCGAAAGCCGGUUGUACCACCAAUAACAAUUGUUUAUGCAGCGUCGUUAACGACCAUAGUGUGCAUGGCAGGGCAUUCUCCGGUAUGGCGGGGAAGGAUGGGAAGGUGGAGUCGAAGGGUGAUAUUGUGAGACAGGGAUUUAUGGUGAAGCGUUCGCAAAAUAAAAAACGCUUCACACCAAUAAACUACAAACAACGGUGGUUCGUACUGACACGUCGUUACCUCGUCUACUACGACAAUGACAGUGAGCGACGAAAGGAACGGGGUCGCAUUGCCAUUGAGAACGUGCACGUGGUGGAAACGGCAAGCCUAGGGAACGUUGGCGUCGGCGACGUGGCUGCCGGAAGUGAAGCAGGCUCAGGGGGUGGUGGCGGUGGUGGCAUACCCCCUGGCCUGCCAUUUCAAGUUGGAUAUCGUGAGGCAGGUCAGGAGUACACUCUUUAUCUACUUGCGGCACGUGAACAGGACCGAGUCGAGUGGAUUCGCGCACUACGUGCAGUUUGCAGUGAAAAUCCAGGUCUCUCCGGUAGAUAUCACGCUGGUCUCUGGAGCGGAAAACGCUGGUCCUGCUGUCGUCUGUCAACCCGCAGUGCUGAGGGUUGUGAUACCUGCAGUUCGUGGUCAUCGAAGCCACCAUCUAGUAACACGACAAAUUCCACAAACGCCUCACCAUCAAUUAACACAAUAACCAACGCUCCUGGAGGUGAGGCAGAUAGACGAAUUCAACAGCAAUCUACAACGACAAUAACAGCAACUACAAUUACAUCAACAACAACAAGUACAACUGGUAGUGCUGCUGAAACCAACAAUAAUCCAGUAGUUCAGUCCCAGGCACGCUCGACAAUUGGGGCACCCUCGACACCGAUAAUGCCAGGUGGUACGCCUGGAACGCCCUCCUCAAAGGCAAAGGAAAAAUUGAUGCUGAGGACAAAAGUGGUGGUUGCACUCUAUCCAUUUCGGGCGAUCGAGGGUGGUGACUUGUCACUGGAGAAGGGCGCCGAAUACGAGGUUCUCGACGACUCGCAGGAGCACUGGUGGAAGGUCAAGGAUGGGCACGGAUCCAUCGGGUAUAUACCAAGUAACUACGUUAAAGAGAAGGAACUCCUGGGACUGCAAAAGUAUGAAUGGUAUGUGGGCGAUAUGUCACGGCAACGUGCUGAGUCUCUCCUGAAACAGGAGGACAAAGAGGGUUGCUUCGUCGUUCGCAAUUCAUCCACCAAGGGCCUCUACACACUCUCACUCUACACUAAAGUGCCCCAUCCACACGUCAAGCACUAUCACAUCAAACAAAAUACACGUGGUGAAUUCUAUCUGUCAGAGAAACACUGCUGUGGAUCAAUUCCCGAUCUAGUGAAUUAUCAUCGUCACAACAGUGGUGGGUUAGCCAGUCGUUUGAAAACUAGCCCCUGUGAUCGACCAGUUCCGCCCACUGCUGGUCUCAGUCAUGAUAAAUGGGAGAUUGAUCCAGCUGAGCUUCAUCUACUUGAGGAACUUGGCUCGGGGCAAUUUGGUGUAGUUAGACGUGGAAAAUGGCGGGGCUCUAUCGAUGUCGCGGUUAAGAUGAUGAAGGAGGGCACCAUGUCUGAGGACGACUUCAUCGAGGAGGCUAAAGUCAUGACGAAACUCCAGCACCAAAACCUAGUCCAGCUUUACGGAGUUUGCAGUAAAGAUCGACCGAUAUACAUAGUCACAGAGUACAUGAGACACGGAUCUCUGCUAAACUACCUCCGUCGACAUGAAGCUUCAUUGUCGUCGAACGUUGGUCUCCUACUCGACAUGUGUAUACAGGUAUGCAAAGGAAUGGCAUAUCUCGAGAGGCACAACUACAUUCACCGUGAUUUAGCAGCUCGCAAUUGUCUCGUUGGCUCUGAGAAUGUCGUUAAAGUUGCUGAUUUUGGAUUAGCUAGGUACGUACUCGAUGAUCAAUACACGAGCAGCGGUGGAACAAAAUUUCCGAUAAAGUGGGCGCCACCGGAAGUACUGAAUUAUACAAGAUUCAGUUCAAAGUCCGAUGUCUGGGCAUACGGUGUACUCAUGUGGGAGGUAUUCACGUGUGGUAAAAUGCCCUACGGUCGUCUUAAGAAUACGGAGGUUGUUGAGAGAGUUCAGCGGGGCAUUAUUCUCGAGAAACCCAAGGCAUGCUACAAGGAAGUUUACGAGGUAAUGAGAAAAUGCUGGGCCCACUGUCCCGAGGUGCGGCCCUCGUUCCGAAUCCUAAAGGAACAGCUGAUAAACGUAUCUCAGGGCUUAAUCAAUGAUUGACUCAACCUUUUGCGGUGUUUGCGCCUGUCCUCAUCACCAACUGGACGCACGAUAUUACCACCAAAAUCACCUUCACUCGGACGCUCACCCUCGAUAGCACCAUCUCUAAGCUCAUCAUACAAUUCAUCAACUCUGCCAGUACGUGGCAAAGAUAAAAUACGUGAACCAGCAUUAUUACCAAAUUCAAUUGAUUUUUUACAUUUAUCAUCGACAAUACCAGUUGUUACUGGAAAAUUGAAGAAGGACGAGGGUUCACCAUCACCGAGCAAAGCUGGCAGUAAAAGUGCUAGUCAACCAUCCUCGAGUGGCUCGUCGAAUGUUUGUGAAAUAUGUAGUUCGUACGGUCAUCCGUGGAUUGAAAUAUGUAAUGCCAUUAGAGCUACCAGAGGCAAAUGAUUUUCAUUAUACGAUACUUGAUGAUCGCUUUCAUCUGUUCAUCAUUCAUUUGAUACAUCUCAUCGUUAUUUUUAUUCUACUAUUUCGCAUCUGAUUUUUAUUUUUUCAUCAUUUUUUUUAGUUUCACAAAUAUCGGAUUAAAAUCAGUCGUACUCACUCGUGUCUGACAUCUUAACAUUAACUUUAAUUCUGUGGAACUACACGUUCACUCAUUAAUUGAACGGAAAAGGCCUGAAUUCACCGCUUAUGGAAGUUACAUGCAACGAAAAAAAAAAUAACAAUUAACCAACGUUACAAGAGACACAAGAAGGUUUAAUCAAUUGCGUCCAUACAGGUACAUUUUUUUUUUCAUAAACAAACUUCCGGAGUAUGCAGAUAUCAUACGAGGCAGAAUAAAAAAUGAGAAGUACGCACGAAUCGUGCAUCACAAUUAAUAUUUUUAGGAAAUAAAAAAAUUUACCUCAUUUUCUAGGGUAAAACACUGUAAUUGCGCAUAUUGCGCCUGAUGAAGGAUUUAAAAAUGACGGACAUAUUUUCGUUUCACCGUUAGAGAUUUUAGUGGAGGUGUAAUUAUUGUCAAGCUCAAUUUAUUUCAGUAGCAAAGGGGUGGUCUGAAAUGAGUCAAAUUCCAUGACAAUCCAUCAUCUUUAUUUUUUUUUGUGAAUAUCUUUGAAUCUGAGAGAUACGAAUUUUUUAUCCAAAGGUAUUCACAGAUGAAGAAUAAUCGGCAAUUGUUUCCACUCUUCCCUUACAUUUUGACAACGAAGGAAAAAUAUUGAAAGUCACAUAAAUUUCUCCUUUUUUAAUAAAAAAAAAAAUCAGCACCGAUAGCACAUGGACUCGCCUUGUGAGUAGAUGCUCAUUGAGCUCACUGAAAAUCAUCGUUCCUCUCGAAACAUCUCAAUUCAUGAAACUUAAUAUUAAUGAUUAUGAAAAAAUAAGAGUUUUGACUUAGCGUAAGCGAAGAUGAAAAAAAAAAAUGAGUGAAAGGAAACAAGAAAUUAUAAAUCUAGAUUUUUGCCUUACUGAGAGUGUGAGACAAUUUUUCGACAAUUUCCACGAUAAACAUUUGUAAAUACUCCGCAGGAGAUCUUCCGCGUCGAACACGAUGGGUACUGAUAAUUCUUUUCCACUACUUAUGAAAUUAUUUUUGCCCCUUCCCCUUAACCGAUAAAUCAAUGAAUCUCAAAAGAAAAAAAAAUCGAUGUUAGCUCAUUUACGAUAGCGAUGAGAUUAAUGAGAAAACUAUUAGACGAAUCAACGUGUUGUUUAUUGAAAUUUGAAAAAAAAAAACAAUGUUUUUAAAGAAUGUAAACGUUGAGCAUUAUACGAUUUUUAAUAGUUUUUAUAGAUUUACCAUUUGUUUGGAAUAAUUGAGAAUUAUUAAGAUUGAAUAUUGAGUAAUUUUGUUAGAUUAAUGAAACAAGGAUUGAGUGGUCUUGACGUUAGUGUCCCUGAGAUUAACCGAAACAUAAAAAUUUUUGCAUUUCCAACAGUUGCACGAUAGCAACAAUGUUUAUGCGUGUCAGUGAAAAGAAAUAAAUAACAGAAACAACAUUUGUAAUACGGACCCUGUAACGACAAUAUAAACAUGUAUGCGAGUCUUCAGACCAUAAAACGUAUUUUAAAGAAUUCCAGAGAAAAAAAAA